UCCACCCAGUAUUAAAGCUCCACGUCGAAAGAGCAAAACUUCAAAACAAGCGAAAAACUUCAUCGACUUUUCACCACAUUUUCUCCUUAUUUAUCUCUCCUACAUCUUCCAAUGGUAGCAUAGAGUGUUAAUARACCUAGUUAGCUUGAUUGGUGAGUAAUGGAAGGACCAGAGGUUGAAACAACUGGAGAAAACGAUGUUCACGUAGAAGGAAGUCCUCAACAACAACAACAAAAUGUCCUCCAAAACUCCACACCACUCUUCCUUCAAAAYUGCUUCUACCUCGUUGUAGGAAUUGUAGAGCGAUAUGGCUGGUUUAUCGUAUUGGGUUUGAUCAUCUUGGCAUUUGUAUGGCAUAAAUUCAAGCCACAGUUGAUGAGGAUCCUAAAAAAAUGGGAACAACACCAAGAAAUGAAAAAAUAUGACCCUGUGAAGGCAGCAGAGCUACAGGCAAGGAUUGAUGAGUCAAGAAGAAGAUGGCAAGAACAACUGGAUGCAAAGGCUGCAAGAUUUGAAGAAGAAAAGAAAAAGAAAGAAGAUGARAAGAGAAAGGAAAUGAUUGAAGACUGGGAGAGACAUCAGGAAGGAAAGGGAUAUCGGUCCAAGAAAUUUAAGAAAGCGGAUGAUGAUACAAGUCUCGCCCAGAGUCUUUUGAAACCUAAAAAGAAAAAGCCAUUAAGAGAUACAGAUUACCAUCCUUUGUCAGGAGGAGGAGGAAGUGGAUCAUCUUACAGACCCCCAAGACGAGGUGGUGGAGGAUGAGGUUAAUUCCCCUCGCACAUUGCCUUCCUACUAACACCAAGAUAAAUGACAAGGUUUUUCUUCCAUUGUACCAUCAGUUAGAGCAAAUUUUUUAAUGUUUACAAUCGUUUUAGAGUCAYCAUGCUAAAUAUUUUAUAGGUAUUUACUGUAGUCUAGAAGUUUAAUUUUAUUUUUUCAUGACAGAAAGUAUUUUAAAAUUCUGGUUAUGAACCUAUGGGCAUCUUCUCAUUCGUAAGGGUUUUUGAUGGGCUUAUCGCCAGGUGUCAUCAUUGCUAUAAACACAAGAUAUUAAAAGGGCUUCUAAUGGGG